GUCAUACAUAAGUGCUUCAGUAUAAGUUCCAGUUAUUAGGGGCGAUUCAUUUCAGCAAGGAGUAAGGAUAGGUGUCGAGAUGUUCUGGUCGACUUGAUAACCUCAAUGACCAACAUUCCACCGCCUCUACUCGGUGAUUCACAAAUCUACGCUUCAUAUCUCAAAAUGCGAGCUUGGUGUUGAAUUCUGCCUCCGUGCUCAAUAUGAUCUGAAACGCAGUCGUCGGCCACUCGGCUUGUGCCACGGCCGUGAUCCCCGGGGCUAAAGCAUGCGUCUCCAAAGUUCCGCUCCCCCACCCCCUCCGGGAGUUUAAUGGGGAAGCCGCAGUGUACCAAGCUCACUUCGGACUUAACUUCAGGGCAUUUAGCUCUUUAUCAUUUCAGUCAGCAUCCUCUAUGAUCAUUUCGAUUCAACCGACCUAUUCGAUUGAAGUUACCAAUCUCCAGCAAAAAUGGAAGUCCAAACGCCCCCCAUCCGCGACAUAUCCUCCACCGUCGACGACCAUGAGAACAACCUUAAAUUCAUGAAGAAUGUCUCCAUUCCCUUGAAAUCGUCCCAUCUUCCCGUUCGCGCCAACAUCUACCUCCCCCUAUCUCCCGACCCCAACGCCCGAUAUCCCGUGUUAGUCACUUACGGCCCCUACGGCAAGGACAUUCCCUACGCAACCUUCCACAAGGGGUCCUUCGACGAGGUGAACCCUGAACACCGGUCCAAGUACUCAUGUUGGGAGACGCCGGACCCAGUGUACUGGACCCAACACGGGUAUGCCAUCGUGCGGGCUGAUGAGAGGGGGCUGGCUCAGAGUCCCGGGUUCUUGGACACCAUGAGCAAAGGCACGAGCGAGUGUUUCUUCGAUGUGGUGGAGUGGGCGGCGGAGCAGCCGUGGUCGAGUGGGAAGGUGGGGUUGUUGGGGAUUUCGUACUACGCGGGGACGCAGUGGCGGGUUGCUGCGAGGCGGCCGAAGGGGUUGGCGGCCAUCAUUCCUUGGGAGGGGAUGUCGGACUAUUACCGCGAUAGGUGCCAGCAUGGCGGUAUCCUUUCGAAUAAGUUCAUUAGUUUCUGGUGGAACAGACAAGUUCUUGUCAACCAGUAUGGUAAGGCAGGAAGGUCGAAACUCACAUUCCCCCCUGACGGACCUGGUGCUCGUGGCCAGGAAGAUACCAUGGAGGGCGACCUCGCAGAAGAUGUUUUGGUUGCAAACAGACAAGACCAAACGAUCGACAACGCAAAGUACAAGUUCCGAGACCAGGACUACUACGCAAGCAAGGAAUUCCGCCUGGAAGAUAUCGAAGUGCCCCUCCUCAGUGUUGCCAAUUGGGGCGGUAUCCUGCUACAUCUCCGCGGCAACGUCGAAGGGUAUACUUGGGCAGGUUCCAAAUUCAAAUACCUCCGCUUCAUUACCGGCCGCCACGACUUGCCCUUCUACUACCACGAUGAAGUCGAGAUUCAGAAGAGUUUCCUGGACGCCUUCCUGAAAGGAGAAGAUCGAGUCGGCUGGAGCGUGCCGGGUAAAGUGGCACCCGUGACCGUGACCCUCCGCAAGGGCGACGUGGGUUUCAAUGACGCAGAGAAGGAAAAGGUAUAUGCCAAGAGGGAAGAGGAAGCUUGGCCCAUCCCCAGGACGCAGUACACCAGGUUCUACCUGACACCCGACAAGGAUUUGUCGCUAGAAAAGCCAGCUUCGGAGCCGAAGAGGGUGGUAUCAUACCAAGCUCUUGGAUCUCUGGAGAAACCGCAGCUAGUGCAGUUCACCACAGCGCCCUUCGAGGAAGAAACCGAAAUCACAGGGCACAUCACGGCACACCUAAAUGUAUCCAUGACCCCAACCCCUGAAGAAUCCGCUGGAGAGAAAGAUAUCGACCUCUUCGUGACACUCCGCCACUACGACGCCACGGGUAAGGAAAUCUACUACACGGGCACAGCAGGCGAUCCGGUGCCGCUUUGCAAGGGCUGGCUUCGCGUCAGUAUGCGGAAGACCCAUGAUGAGAACCCCAAAAACCGGUCUUACUUACCGUACCGGGAGUACUUCUCGACGGACGUGCUGUCGGUCAAGGCCAAUGAAGUAUAUGGGGUUGAUGUAGAGGUUUGGCCUACUAAUGUGGUGGUGGAAAAGGGGAAUAGGCUGGUUUUUGAGGUUGGGAGUGGGGACACGCAGGGUUCGGGGAUUUUCCAGCAUUGUGAUGAAGGCGAUAGGUCCACGGCCAGGUUUGCUGGGCAGAAUCACAUUCACUUUGGGGGACGGCUGGAGAAUUACGUUACGCUGCCGGUUAUUCCGCCGAAAUAGACAGUCCAGUCUGUGGAAGAGAUGUUUCUGAAAUCCAAGCCAGCAUAUUCGAGUGCGAUGCUAUGAAGGUAGAUACCUUCUUGUCAUAUUGUUAUAUCAUUAUGGUGCUUGUGAAAGAAAACCUGGGAUGUUGAUCACCUACCAUUUGAGAACUGGGCAUUGCUUUAUUAAUAAACUAGACUAUUGCUG